AUGUCCAUGUCUACAGAGACAUCUAUAGAUAUAGAGAUUACACGGAUAGAGAGACGUGUGGAAAUAGAUAAAUAUGUAAUGGACAGGGCUGGCUGUCUGUCCUGGCUGUGUGUCCCUGUCACUCUAGCUGUGUGUCCCUGUCCCUCGUGUGUCCCUGACGCUGUGCUGUCCCCGCAGGGCUGGCUGUGUGUCCUGGCCGUGCUGGCGGCGCUGGGGCAGUGCCGGGGGCUGCGGCGCGCCGGUGCCGCCUCCGCUCACUCCGCCGUGCGCUGCUUCAGCGGGGCCGAGCUGGGGGACGAGGCUCCGGCGCAGCUCCUGGGCCGCAGCCUGCGCUGGGACCGGCACCUGUCGGUGCAGCUGGUGCCGCAGCUGGAGCGCCUGGAGGCGGCCGGGGCCCGGCGGCGGCGGCGGCGGCAGCGCCCGCCCGCCUGUCCCGCGCUGUCGCUGCGCACCGGGCUCCGCAGCGAGCCCCACGAGCGCUCCAUCUCGCCCUGGCGAUACCGCAUCGACGAGGACGAGAACCGCUAUCCCCGCAAGCUGGCCUUCGCCGAGUGCCUGUGCAGCGGCUGCGUGGACGUGAAAACCGGCCGGGAGACCACGGCGCUCAACUCGGUGACCAUCCAGCAGACCAUGCUGGUGCUGCGGCGCAAGCCGUGCCCGCGGCCCGCGGGGCUGGGGCUGGUGGCGCUGGAGGUGGAUUACAUCCGAGUGCCCGUGGGCUGCACCUGCGUCCUGCCCCGCACGGCGCACUGAGCCCACGCCGUGUCACCCCCGUGAC